AUGGAGGAAAGGCAAUGGGACAAUGGGACAUCACCAUUGAAGUUCCUGCUGCUGGGAAUGAGCGAUGGCCCCUCACUCCAGACACCGCUCUUUGUCCUCUUGCUCAUCAUCUACACUGCAACUGUCUUUGGGAACAUCCUCAUCGUUGUGCUGGUGAUAGCAGAUCAGCAUCUGCACACCCCCAUGUACUUCUUCCUGGGCAAUCUGUCCUCCCUGGAGAUCUGCUACAGCUCCACCAUCCUGCCUCGGCUGCUGGCCAGCUUCCUGACCAGGGAUAAGACCAUCUCUGCUCACAGUUGUAUGGCACAGUUCUACUUCUUUUCUAGUUUAGCAGGUACCGAAUGUUACCUGCUGGCAGCCAUGUCUUAUGAUCGGUACUUGGCCAUAUGCCAGCCUCUGCUCUAUGCAAGCCUCAUGACCUGGAAGGUGAGUCUCCAGCUGGCAGCUGGGUCUUGGCUGGGGGGACUGCUGCUAUUUGCAGUACUCACCUUCCUCUUAUCUCAGUUGCAGUUCUGUGUCCCCAAAGCAAUUGACCACUUCUUCUGUGAUUUUACUCCAUUGCUGGAGCUCUCCUGCAGUGACACUAGAGUGCUUAUGCAGGUUGCUCUAAUAUUUGGAUUCUUGGAUGCAGUAUUCCCUUUUCUGUUCACACUGGCCUCCUAUGUGUUUAUCAUAGCUGCCAUCCUGAGGAUCCCGUCCUAUGUGGGCAGGCAAAAAGCCUUCUCCACCUGCUCCUCUCACCUUGCUGUUGUCACUGUCUUCUAUGGCACUCUCAUCAUUGUCUACAUGCUGCCCAGAACAACCUCCCUGAGGCAGCUCAACAAAGUGUUUUCCUUUUUCUACACUGUCCUCACACCCCUGGUCAACCCCCUCAUCUAUAGUUUGAGGAACAGGGAGGUCAGGGAUGCCCUCUGGAAGGUGCUCAGGAAAGCCAAGGUCUGCAACCAGAGCUUCUGGUAG